GUUGGAAUACGGCAGAUCAGAUGAAUGUUGAAGACUGAAUAUACGGAGUAAAUUCUACGGAGGCCCACAGUGGAAUACGAAGCAAUAACUGAAAUUGAAUUGAAAUGAAAUGUACUAAGGGCAAAGGAGGCGAACUUGCGUUGUUCACGCAGCAUCCCAGUGGCCCUCUGCAAGGCUUAACAUCUACUGAAUUAGAAACAUGCUUCGUUAUAACGUGAAUCAGUUCAACAACAUGUCAACGGAAGAUGCACCUUUCAAGAAGGUCUUAUCCAAAGAGGGAAAGUGACCUUGUCAAACAGGGCAUACUGGAGAAGACCUACCGUACCGAAUAUAAACCAAUACAGCAACAAACUCCGUUGUGGAAAAAGCAUUUUCCUAAAAUGAAGCUUGAUGAUGUACUAGCGCAGAUAGGUGAGUUUGGCCGUUACCAGUUAUGGGUGUUCCAUUGGUACUGUAUGCUCACAUUCUCAGUGGCCUUCCAUCACCUGGGUCAGGUCUUCCUUGGUGGCGCUUCUGACCAUUGGUGCAAGGUUCCGGAUACAGUGACCGCGAAUUGCAGCUUUUUGGAAGAUACUGGUUGCCCAUUUAACUCGAGCGUCACCAUACCGGUGGAUGAUCCUACAACGGCGGAAAAUGAACACAAUUGUAUGCAGUAUGAUAGCUACUACAACAUAACGAAUGAUACGCCGCUAAUUGGAUGUACCGACGGUUAUCAGUUCGACCACUCUCAGUACACCAACACAAUUCAAGAAGAUUUUGAUUUAGUAUGCAGUCGCAAAGCCAGUGCUGCGCUUGCCCAAUCGGUCUACUUCGGUGGACUUCUUGUUGGAUCGAUUUUUUUCGGAUCUGUUGCUGAUAGGAUUGGACGUAAACCAACCAUAAUCAUCUGCUGUUUACUGAAUUCGUCGCUUGGGGUGGUUGCAGCUUUCGUACAGUCAUUUGCGGCAUAUGUCUGCCUACGGUUUAUCAUCGCCAUGGCAACAAUGGGCAUAUAUUUGAUUGUCUUUGUGUUUUCAACCGAACUUGUUGGACUAAAGAUGAGAUGUGUAGCAGGCAACGUGGUACCUAUGUAUUGGGCAUGCGGCAUCAUGUUACUAGCGCUACUUGGCUAUUUCAUACGUGAUUGGAGAACUCUUCAAAUUGUUCUUUCGGUUCCAACUGCAGUAGCUGCUAUUUAUGUGGCGUUUCUACCGGAGUCUGCAAGAUGGUUACUUUCACAAGGCGAGUUUUCUAAAGCUGAGGCUAUAAUACAAAGAGCAGCAAAGGUUAACAAAGUCACCAUUCCUCAGAAUAUAUUUGAUGAUAAGGAAGAGCAUAGUAUCCCUUUUUUGACAGAUCCUGGGGUAUUCCGGGUUGCUGUUGCUAUGGCAGGUAAAUUUGCAAUUACUGCCGCCUUUUCGAUUGUUUACAUUUACUCGGCUGAACUUUUUCCAACUCCUGUCAGGAGUGCUGGUAUGGGCCUGGCAUCGAUGUCAGGCCGCCUUGGCAGCAUCCUAUCACCUCUAGCUCUAUUGAUGACGGAGAUUUGGAAACCCUUACCUCUAGUAAUAUUCAGUUCUCUAUCAGUCGUUGCGGGUCUUCUCGGUUUAUUGCUGCCAGAAACAUUGGGUACAAAUCUCCCAGAAACCAUCGAGGAAGGAGAAAACUUUGGAAAAAAAUAUAUAGCACUGCAAAAAAACGACGAAAACGCACAGGAACUGCAAAAUACAUGUGUCGCAAACAAAGAAGGAAAUGGCACCGUUUGAUGGAAGUUGAUGUAUUCACUACUUUUAUACAAUUUUAAACUUUUAAUUUACUAAUUGGAUAUAGGAUUUAAUAGAUAAAGUCUGUACCUGGAGUCUAGGUAUAGAUUGUUUUCCAUACAAUCGCUACACGCUAUCGCCGACAGCUUUUGGUGAGGCUGAUUGGUCGGUUGAAUCGGGAAGCUUUCCUGAUCGCGUCGGUGACUGCCACGCAGCACAACGAUUGCAGUGAAAACACUGUAGCGACAGUGUAGCGAUUUUAUGGGAACCAGGCUUUCAGGAAAGUGCAUGUUUUCUUUGUAAUGUUUCUGCUGUAAGACACAUCAUUGUUGGUGAAUUUUGUUGGUUUGAACGACAGUAAAAGUACUUUAAAUUGCUUAGAAAUUGAACUUAGGAGUAUUGAUUGUCGGGAUGGUUUUCUAAUGAUUCAAGUAAUACAUUUUGGGAUAUUCUAAGAAGUUAAAUCUGCAACUAUGCUAUGUAUUCAAGAGCAAGGUUCACGUAUUCAAGUGGAUACUACUAUGAUUUCCAUGCUGGUUUACAACGUAAUUUAUGAAUUUUAAAGACCAAAUGACCACCGUAUUGGCCUAUGGAACAUCAUAUUAGAAAAUAGUAUUUUUAA